UGUCAAUGAACUGAUCCGGUCCGCCGCUUGGUUUCAUAUUCUUGCAGAAUUUCUUAACAAAAUAUUCAAGAUAUCAACGAUUCUGUCGUUGAUUUCUUCUUAUCCAUUCACCGCCUGUUAGUGCUGUUCAAAUCCGAGAUGUCCUACAACAAAUAUAACACACGCCAUUCCGGUCGUUUCAACACCCCGGGUCAGUUCGUGCCUGCCGGAGAGCUGGCGGGAGGCGCGGCGCCGGGCGGCGGGGCCCAGCGACAGCAGCACACCAACCCCAAUCUCGCUGUCGGACAACCCUUCAACCAGCAGUCGUUCACGCCGGCGCCGCAGCCGCCGCCGCUGCCGCAGCAGCCCAGACAAGCUCAACAACAGAACUUGCAGAAUGUGCCCAUUCAACCACUGAACGCUCCGGACGUGGAGAUGAAAACUGAACCAGGGACUGAGGGAAACAAUGAGGGCGGCAACGGCGGCGGUGGCGGCCGCCCCCACUGGAUGAAGAACAAGUUGGGAGGAGUGAAGAAGGUGUCGAACAAGGAGCGCCGGCGCCGCCAGAACGAGACUCUUCGCAAGCUGCUCACGCCCAAGAACGCGCUCAUGGUGCUCAACGAGAUGAUGCCUAAUGAGCAGCUCGCCACGCAAUUUAAAGUGGAGGCGGCCGGUAACCAAUUCUACAAGCCGGCCAAUCAGCAGAGCUUCUGCGCGGAUCUCACGCUCGAUGGCAACGUCUACAAGGGAUAUGGCGAGAACAAGUUGUCUGCGCGUAACGCGGCCGCCGAGAAGGCUAUCCGGGACCUCAUUAUCAAGCGCAUGUCCAAGGUGUUCGCUAACGAUGCCUCCAAUGCCGCCAAUGCUGGUACAGAAAACGCUGAUUCUGCCGAGGGUGACAACGCGAACGGCGAGUCCGAGGCCGAGACGCUGCCCAUGAUCCAGCUGGCUUCGUUCGCUCUUCACAAACUGUUCUCCGAGUGGGAGUACGAGGGAGUGAAGGUGCCGCAGCUGAAGCCCACCGGCCAGCAGGGUAACAGCACAUCUGAAUCUAUGGAGAUCAUCGCCCCCCCUCCGCCCAAGCCGAAGCCGCCCAUGAAGCGCAAGGAGCUGCCCCCCAACGCUGCAACGCUGCACCCCUGCAUGCUCCUCACGUACAUGCGACCCGGACUUGAGUACCGCGAGCUGGCUAUCAGUGGCGACAAGCCGCAGACCAUGCUGUUCACUAUGGGCGUCGAUGUAGAUGGUGCUACGUACAUCGGUAAAGCCUCGAACAAGAAAGAAGCCCGCCGCGCCGCCGCGCGCGCCGCCUGCGCCGCGCUCUUCAACGUCACGUUCCCCGACGCGCCCGCGCCCACCCCGCCCCUUCAGCAGUAGGCUACCCUCCUCUAGGGCAGUAACACAAAAAAGAUCCACUUUACACUAUAGUCGGGUGCCAUUUUACUCGGAAAUAUUACCACAGAUUAAUAAAUAGUUACUACGUAACAGAUACCUCAUUCCCAAACAAAAGCAAAAAUACCUACGCUAUAAUAGCCUACAGAACCCUAAUAAUAAUACCUGCUGCUCAGGACAAGAAGAAAUGUACCAUAAUUACGCGCACAAAGAGUCGAGACUGUGUUGCUCGCCGUUCGAGUCACGUGCCAACGCGUCAUCGUAAGAAUGCGCUAGGGUUGUAGCUACCCUACCUAUGAUGAUUAUUGUAAUAAAACGAAUGUUGCGAAUCAAAUAUGUUUUAGUUUUAAUAUAAUGAUUUAUAUUUUUUUCACUUCUCGGAAUUCUCUGUUAUUAAAAUGUUAUAAGUAGUUGAAAAUAUCCUAAAUCGCGUAAAUAAUUUUAAUAAAUAUUCAGGAGCAAAGCAACGGACAAUCAACGGUUUUUAAAAGAUGUAAUACGGUGCUACCAGGCCGAUUAAUUAUUACGUCGUCAAAAUUAUUUAAAAAUACUUUUUCUAACCCUUCAAUAUAAUUAUUAAACUUUCAGGUGGGACCUUUAGCCCGCCAUAAAAAGAUAAAUUUUUAUUAUAGGCUUUUUCCUUUGUUUUUUUGACUUUUUCACCCAUCUACUGCACAAUAAUUACGUGGUUUCGGCAUUUCGAAGCAUAAGCGCGGGAAACGCGCGGUGCAAUGCGGUGCGAGCGCUGAGGCGGGCGUUCGGCGGCCCUCUGUUGGUUGUAUCGUCGACGAUACGCCGAGCGGUAGGCAUAUAGCGCGUGGCCUUGAGCGUGUGACGGAGGCCUGAUAUUACUUUGAAACGAGCACACGCUUCUCAAUAACGGCCACAAUAUAUGCAUAUUAGUAUUAUUUUUGUUUAUGCCGCAGAAUAUGUAACUUCACAAGAAGUACUUGAAAAUUAGAAAUACUUCAUAAGAGAAGUCUAAACAAUUUGAAUAAAUAGUUAAAUAGUAAUGUGGGCUACUAUUUUGUAAAUUGGAUCAUUUUUUCGCCCUACCCAUGAAGCCCACAUAUAUUAUUAAAUUCAUAAUGUCUCUGUAUAUCUGUGUAUGGAAAAACUUAAAGUUACAUUUAGUAAUUCUUCUAAAUAUUAAUAUUCACACCACUAAUGACGCAGAGUAUGAAUCUCGUGAGUUUUCAUUAGUAUUGUUAACAAGAUUUUUCAACUAUCAUAUUUCUAAUUUAAAUAUCAAAUUGCAUGGUACACAGUACUAUAUAUUUAUAUGGGGAUGUAGUUGAACAUCGCGUAGCAUGAUAAUUGAUAACGCAAGAGGGGAUUUUAGGAAAAAAAUAUUUGAAAAUGUGAUGACGAAAGUGAAUGAGAUAUAUUGAGUAUUCGUGUAUUGAUCUCUAAUUGAUGUCUUUAAAUUAAAUAUACAGAAUAGAGAUAAAUUAACACAUUCACGGCCAACAUUUUCGUAGCGCUACGCUCGUAGCCAAUCCCAGCGUUUUCCCGCUUUGUAGAGGAAAGCGGCUACGAACAGAGAAGUUCUCAUCACGCAAUGUGUUUAGUAAAUCCUUUCAUCUAAAUAUAUUUUAAAUUGGCAUGAGACAUCUAUAUUGUAUAUUUAAAUUACUGCAAAAUAUGGAUGAUCAAUUUUACGUAUUAUUUUUUUAACCUGACUAGACCAAAUAAAUAUUAAUCAACUAAUCUUUAAAAUCUGUAGUUAUCUGUGGACUUCAAUUUAUUAUAGCUGUAAGUAGUUAUUAAGAGUAUUGGUUAAGGUAGACGAAGUAAGUCUACGUGAAAUCGUUAGAUAGCUACUUUAGACUAGCUAGUUCCAUCUUUCCAAAAGUAGCUGUAUACUUGUCACUAUACUUAACACAUUGUCGGCUAAUGACGUCUAUUUCUUAGCCUUUCCAUCGCCCGCAUAUACAAUAAUCCGUAAAAGCAUGAAAGUUACAUUUGCGACUGCAUGUUUGCUUUUGAAAGGGUUAAGUAUAACGCCUGGCAAUGUGUUAAAACUUGUAAUGAGUACAUGGAAAUAAAUGAAUGUAUUCAAAA